GCGGGAAACUGUUACAGGUUUGUUGUGGAGGGUGACUGGCCUGUGUUACAGAGUAGACUGUUGACUGUGUCAUCCCUCAACAUGCCCAGGAACCCCUCCAAGAGGAGGCACUCCACCAAGGAAGAGCAAGAGGAAGCCGCUCCACAAAGUCAGCCAAAAUGUCGCCAGAGUGUUAUGUUCAUGAAAGAGUCACUUCUCUCAUCAUCAAACAUUCAGGUGAUCAAACUGAAACAUCCACGCAAUACGUCUGCAAUGUAUAUCUUUGAUGAGGAUAACAAAAGAAUAUAUGAUAUGGUUGCUUUUGAUGAAGGUCACAGGUCUUGGUUUAUUGGAGAAACCAUCCAAUCAGAUGGACGUUUAUACAUCACAUCGCCAGUGGAUGUUUCGUACCUUAUCCUCCCAUACUUAAUGCAGGCCACAAAAAAUAUUCCAAUAGACCACCUGCUGGAAGACCCAGACUUCCCAGCAAUAUCUUAUCUGGCUGUUGUAGCUACAGCAAAGGAUUUCUCGCAUGUUGCUGAUAGAAAAGGAAAUGCUGAACUAGGAGUAUGGAAAUACAAUGAAUCCAGCACCUUGUCAUGGCUAGAAAAAAAAGUUAAACAACUUUCAAAGUUAUUACAGGAGAGGAAAGUUCCUACAUCUAGUGCGCAGAGUUUCACUUAUGUUCGCACAAUGAAUUUGGAACAAACCAAAGAGGCAUACCUGGAAUUGGCACAUGGUAUAAUAGCAGAUUAUCUUUCUGAAGACCUAAGCAAAGCCCUCUACAGACACUUAAAACUACCUGAAGUGAAAAGCAAUCAAAUAGGAUUAGAAAAUCAGCGACCAUCCAAGAAAAGGAAGUCCGAAGGGCCAGUUGAAGACUACACUAAGAAUAAUGUCCCUGCAAAUAAGAUAAAGAGUCCACAGUCGGCAAAGGCUAAAGCUCUAGCUAAAUCAGCCUCGGGAUCGAAGAGCAUUACUUCUUUCUUUACUAAGAAGUGAGUGCAAUGGAAUUAUUACUAGGGAUAUGUUUCUUAAACCUUAGCAUUCAUUGUUAAAUCAUUAAAAUAUUUUUCUAUUUUGUAAGCAUUUUAUUUGUAUCAUGGUAUGUAAUGUAGGUUAUUCUCAUAGAAGUCCAUAUACGCCUCCAAGGUGGUGCUUAUUUUACUCAUAUUCUCACCCUAUACUGUUUACCCUGGUCAAGGCUGCCUUUCCCUCUAAUCCAGUUUACCCUAAUUUUAUCUUCAUCACACCCAUCAUGGCUGUUGCCAUAUGUUCACUGUUUCUAUCUUGGAUAUCUAUUCCUAUAUCCAUAUUGAAAGUAUGCCUUUCAACUAAAAAUUGCUGUUUUAAUUUCAGCUGUUGCUUGCAAAUUCGUAAGUCAAAUUUGUCACACAUUAAAACAGUCAUCAUUGUGUCACUAUUCGCAUGUUAAAUUCUCAUUUAUACAGCUCUAAUCUUAAUACUCAUUCUAGGUUAUUGACUUGAGCCUUCUUUACUAUACAACCAAUAUGGAUACUAAUCAACCAUGUAGACAUUACAUGAAGUACAUUAUAUAGGCUACUGUAUUUUUUUUAUUUUCCAAAUAAAGAUCUAGACUAUUCUCCUCAUUUUCCCACACAUCCACUUCCAUGAAGAAACUUCACUGUUUAAGACUCCCACACUUAUAGUAGGUGCUCCAAACAUUAUACAACUCCCUCCUUUUUUCCUGAUUUAUUACUCUAGAAAGUGAUCAACAUAACCUUGUCCUUUGAAAUUUUGAAAUAUCACAUCACUUAAUGCACAGUAUUCUUAAUUAACUACUUCUACACUUGAAAUUGAAUUUUGUAUUAACAGGUUUCCAAUUUGUAUAGUGGGGCAAUUGCUGCUUCAUCCACUCCUUUUGUACACUGCCAUACCAAUAAAUGUACUGUAUUAAUAUAAAUGUCUUCAGUACCAUUACAUUUUAACUGAUUUAGAUCACUUUAUGCAAACUUGCAAAUGACAGCCUAUUGCAUCUUAAAAUUGACAUAAUAUGCACGAUGGAUAAUUUAAUUUGUAAUAUUCUUAUGUUAUGCUGUGAAAAUGGUGAAAUGGUACAGUAAAUGUAAAUCAUUAAUUCAUAUGUAACUAACAUUGUGGUGACAGUCAUGAAAGAAAUUUAUGAUGCAAUUUAAAGUCACACCUAAAAUUAUAACUGCUAAAAACUAAUUUAUGUUCAAGACUUGUGUAGGAUUUUGUUUUUUAUAUAAUAGUUUGUUAGAUAUGCUGUAUACAGGGAUAGCAUGCAUUGUUGCCCAGGCUUAACUAAAUGAAAUUUGCAUGUACAGUGCAAAUGUACAGUAUUUACAUGUUAAAGUGCAUGUACAGUAUUUGUGUUUUUGUUUUUCGUUUGUUUGUCAUAUCCAGUUUUUUCUGAGUCAUAAUACAAAUUUAGCUGGGAAUAUGAUUCUGCAACUGUAUAUUUUUGCUUUCUUUCACAUUCAUUAUCAUGCACAGUCUUAUGCCUAAUAAUUCUCAUAAUCUUGUAUUCAACUUGUCUACCACUUGUAUUCUUCUCUACAACUUGUAUUCACAACUUGUAUUCACUAAAAGUUGAAAAUUAGAGAAGUGCUGAUAUACUUUACCUGUUAGAUACUGACAAAAUUCUAUAGUAUUUUAUUCAGACAUUUUGGGACCGAGACCAGCCUAAAGUUUGUCUAGCAGCAAAACCUCACAUCCUUCACUAUUAAUUAAAGAAAAAAUAAAUUUACAACCCCUCCAUUCCAUCAUCCUCCCUCCCUUCCACCUUCCUUCCAUUGUCCUCCACCCCUCCCUCCCUCCCUCCCACCUUUAAUCUCUUUGGUAUUAUACUGUACACUUAAUACCCUGGCAGCAGUUCUGAAAGCUGGCAAGACAUCUUGCAUUGUUUACACACUUAUCAAUAUUGUUCAUUGCCUUUUGGAAUUUCUUUGCAUUGUCCUGGAUCAGCCAUGAUAAUGCUGGCUAUUUAUUCUCCAUAACAUUAGGUUUGUGGCGCACUUUCACUGCAGCAUUAACUGACCUUACUUUAAAUUAAUUGUCUUUUUCCCUGUCUUGUUCAUGUCUUGUUCUUCAUGUUUUGAGCAAAAUAUUCAGUGAGCUUAUCAAUAGCCUUCAUAAUAUAGAACAAGUUCCCUUGCUUUUAUAGUAUACCUCGUACACAAUGCACUUAGGAAUGACUCUGGACCUGAAUUAUUUCUACUUACCAGAGCGAAAGCAUCUCGCUUAUUUUCUGUUCACUAUGCAACUAGUAAAUAUGUCACAAUACAGUACAUACCUUAAUUAUUAGCUAAAACAUUGAAAGAAUGUUUUGUUUGUUUUUCAUCAAUAAAUCCAGGGAAGCAAGAGAAUAGGUUCUUUCUAGGCUUGUCACAUGUGAAAAACAAUACUAGGACCCAACAGAACCAUAUUGUGUGGUUCUUGAUUAUUUACCUUUUUUUUUUUUUUUUUUCUUUGGAGAGUCCCUCCGGCUCCCCGAGCUAUACUGGGUUGAUAUGUAUAUAUUUGACUGUGGCAACAGUCAGUCGAUGGGGUUCUUAGCUUACCAGGGACCACGAGCCAGAACUUGGCCUCCUUAGAGAGACAUCAGGAGCAAUAGCCUAUAGACACCCCCAUGUAGUGGGACACAUUCUGUCUGCUAUCUACCAGGUCAGGCACCCAGAAAGGUAGGAAUCCCAAAACAAACUACAACUGGUUAAAAAUUGCAAACCAAAAGCCAAAUGACUCCCCAAUCAGAAAAAAGCAAACAAGCAUGACAUCACCUCAGCUGCUGUGCCACUGUCUGUGCAGCUCCCCCCCCCCCCCCUCUCUGGGAGGAUCCAGACCUCCACUCCGGCUACCCAACCCCAGUACUGAGGCUCUUGUGUUGGGUGGCGGUCAAUCGACUCUGGCUCCAAUCAUUGAGCAGUGUUGUGCCUUGCGGUGUUGUGCUACAGUGGUGGUGGUGUGCGAGACAGGUGUAAUUCCAGAAGUAUUGGGGCUGCAUGUGCCUAGGGUUACCUUCCCUAGGUGUCCUAUAAGUACUGCCCUUACAGUUUAGGAUUACCUUCUACAAACUAUUCAGGGAUUACCUCUGCAGGGUUCUUUUGCUGCUUGGUGACUGCACGCCCUUGGGGUCAGUUGGGGUUUUUUCCCUACCACUGUUUGGUCUUUGGUAGGAGGUAAUAUCAUCGCUGGCUGGGGCGCAAAGUACUAUGCAGCUGCCUUAAUACACACAGCAGCCGUUUCUGUUCCUCCUGGAGAGGUGCGCUUUUGCGGGAUGUUUCUUUUCUUUUGUUUUCCCUGGUGGGGGUUUGCCUGGUGUGGCUGUAGUACCACUUGUAUUAUUUUGGUGGCCCUCUGCUUGGCUCCUGUGGUUGUACACAUCGCAGGGGUUCAGUUUUUUGUUUGGUAGCUCUGGGAUAACCGGUUAGCAGUACCUUGCAUGGGCUUCCCAUAGCAGUCGGCCCAAGGGCCCUGGAAACCCCCAUUAGGGCUCAUUAGUCCGAUGGAUGUGUCCUCUGAGUCCCAUCUCGCUUCAUGCUAGUUUGAAGGUUGCACUGUUACCUUGUCUCAGGGUGACACUGCUUUUUUGCCUCCACCAUGAUGUCUGUUGGGUCAAUGGCACCUUUGACCUGGAGUCCUGUGAGUGGUGUUUCUUGCUUGUACUCCAGUUUACACAGUCCACUGCUAUUGAUAUUUGGGUGCAGACAGCUUCAGCAUUGUAUGAGAGGUUUAGGUUGGUUGCCUUUCUGGAUGCCCCGCUUUGGGUAUAGGGACCCGGACUUGGGGGCGUUAGUCGCUUCGACUUUGGUUUCGUCCUCGCCCCCUUGUCCUUUCCCUGUUGUGGUUCAUCAUGCCCUUUCCCCCUCCCCCCUCACUCCCAGCUCCCAAACUUCUGAGGGUUUCAGAGUCGGGGAAAGGCAGACCUCCCGUGUCAGCUACCCAACCCCAGUUCAGAGGCUGAAUAUCACAACACUAAAAAACAACAGACUGGAGGGACGGAGAGAUGCCAGGGAACCUCUGGGUCUCGCCCAGAAAUGGCGUUUCAUUACAUUCAACGCUGGUUUUCUGUGGAGCGCCCCUCUGGCUUCCCUCAGCUGCCUAACCAAAGAUAAAGGAAAAGAGCGACUUCCCUGGGAGGCGGGCAUCACUCGCUCCUCGGCUCCAAGUUGAGAUAACUGACUGCAACCUGCGAUCCAAGACUACACAUGCUCGAGAAGGGCCCAGAACAUUAACGAGGUACCGUGCAGCCAGGACCUUGUUCGAUCUCCAAAAGCCCCGUGCCCGAAUGUCAACCCAGGAUGUAUUAUCAAAAAUAGCAGCCAAAGUCACAAACUUACGAAUGUCGUGGGCAUGGGGAUAAACAGCAGGCUGGCUGGACCGAAUAAUUCUGCGAACAACCUGGGAAGACAUGUGCCCUUGAACAGGGAAGAAGGGAAACCAGACCAACCCAAAUCGAGUCCCCUGCCACGGAGGCUGUAGUGCGCAAGUAACAACGAAUAGGUCUGAUGGCCCCCUGGUAGAUGGCAGACAGACUGCUUCCGAUUACAUGGGGGUGUUUAUAGGUCAUUGCUCCUGGUGAUUCUCCUGGUAUCAGGUGAUUCAGGUAUCCUCCAAAGGAUACCUGAUCAACCAGGCUGUGACUCAUACGUCAGGCUGCGAGCAGCCGCGUCCAACAGCCUGGUUGAUCAGUCCAGCAACCAGGAGGCCUGGUCAAAGAUUGGGCCGCGGGGACGCUAAGCCCCGGAAGCACCUCAAGGUAGGAGGGGGCCAGGUUCUGUCUCAUGGUCUUCGGUAGGCUAAGAACUGUUGACAGAACAUUUGACUAUUGACACGAUCUAAUAUAUACACAUCAGCCCGGUAUAGCUCCAGGAAGCCUGGGAAGCGGAUCUCGCCCAGAAAAUGGCGUUUCAUUACAUUUAACGCGGGUUUUUUUUUCCCACAAUUGAUGAUUGCACCUAGUCACCAAACAUAGUGUCAAGUUUUUCCCACAGUUUCUUCUUGUUUUUUCUAUGUACAGUAUAUACUUCUCAUAAGUUUUGGAUUGCAUAGCAUUUAUUGGUGCUUAUAUAUUAGCUUCAAAAUAUAAAUUCAAAAUCUAUCCUUUGUCAUUGUUCAGUGCUUUCGUGUAAACUAUUGUGCAUUAUUUGAAACUCAGUGUAACAUUCUCGCUUCUUCAGUGUUUUAGACAUUUGUGAUUUGUCUUUCAUCUGAUUAGCAUUAUUCCUAAUUUUGCCAGUAAUCAAUUUGUGGUGCACACUUCCCAUUAUCUGUGCCUGUGCUCAGCAUUACAUGCAUUUAUUUCUGUGCAAAUAAAUACUGAACUUCUUAUCGGUUCCCUAUCCAUCUUAAUGAUAUAAUUUUUAACACUUUCGCGGCCUAGUGUCGAUCGCUCGACCUGUCAAAGAGGUUUUGGGCAUUCCACGGGAGCACGCGAUAAUACUGAGCAGUGUAUACUCUUUUCAACUUUGUCACCUUAAUUCUUGUCCUGGGAUUUUCAAUUUUGUAUCAAUGUGUUCGCAAUAGAAUGUUCUACAGGACUAAAAGCAUAUACACUCCAAAAGCCCGGCUUACGACCCGCAGCAAACGGUGAAAGUGAGAGAAAAUUACCCGGGAGCGCACAAGAGCGAUAAAAUGUGUACACUCUUUUCACUUUGGUCACCUCAAUUUUCGUCUUAGGUCUUUCAUUUUGGUAUCAAUGUGUUCACAAUAAAAUUCCCAACAGGAGUAUAUGCAUAUAAUGUCAAAAACCAUGGCGAGCUCCACCCGCUGACGUGAUUAAAGCAGGUGAUGAGAGCAGGGAGGAGCACCAGGCCUUCCAUUAGAGAGUGCGGUAAUACUGAAAAGUGUAUACUCUUUUCAACUUUGUCAUCUCAAUUCUCAUCCUAGGUUUUACAAUUUGAUAUCAAUGUGUUCGCAAUAGAAUUCUCUACACAAUUAAAUGCAUAUGAAUUCUGAAAACCCGGCGUACCACCCACACAAAACGGAGAAAGUGAGGGAAAGUUACCCGGGAGCGCUAAAGAGCAAUGAAAUGUAUACACUCUUUUCACUUUGGUCUUUCAUUUUUGUAUCAUUGUGUUCGCAAUAGAAUUCCCUACAGGAGCAUAUGCAUAUAUAAAGUCCAAAAGUCCAGUAUACCACCCACAGCAAACAGAGAAAGUGACAGCGCAUUACCUCCAUGAGUGCUCAUCAAGAGCAAUAAAAUGGAUUUUCUCUAACUUUGUUACCUCAAUUCUCAUCCUAGGUCUUUCAUUUUGGUAUCAAUGUAUUCGCAAUGAAAUUCCCUACAGGAGUAUAUGCAUAUAAUGUCCAAAACCGCUGUGCUCCUCUCUCGCAUCCAAGCCGAAAGCUGGCUAAAUUUUUUUAAUUUUUGAUGCCAUACUUCGUCAUCAGUGGAAAUAAGAUACUAAAAUUUUGACUCCAUACUUUGUCAUUGGUGGCCGAAAGUGUUAAGUACCUUUUAUACUUUUAUAUGUAGCAAGAGCCUUUUAUACUUCCUUAUUCUUUUACUGUUAUUUUUGACAUUUUUGCUCUGUACAGGUAUUUUGAGUCAGUUUUUUAUCCUCGGUUCUUAGUUUGCAUCUUCAUCCAACUAUACUGUUUCUCUGACUUGUUCAUGGCAUUGUGAAGUUUCUACCAGUGCUACCAAAAUUUCAACACACAAUUUCCAUUUCUAUGUUCUAUGUAUCAAUAUACAGUUACUUAAAACAUUUACUGGUAUACUGUACCAUAUUCUUGUAUAUGCUUCCAGAUAUUUGACACAGGCAGCUUCACCUGUACUUGGCUCUCUCCUUCACUGCAUUACCCAGAUACUUUAAGCUUAUUAAUUUGUCAUUAUUUAUUUAUUAAAGAAGUAUUUACAAAAUUUGCUUAGGCUAUGUCCAUGCAUGAAAUGUAAAUAUGUGAGUAAUUAAUAUUUUCAUUUUAAAUAACUAAUACAUGUGUAUAAAAUUAUGUAUUUAGUCUUCAAAUCUAUUGUUUAGGUUUAUAUACCACUAACAAAAUGUCAAAGACUGAAGACUAAAUACAAUUUGCCAGGUUUUCUAUCAAACUUGAGUAUUAUUUGAAUUAGCAUUUAUAUGGUAUUACAGUAUUUUGUUUCAAUAAAUUCCAGUGUCUUAAACGGUAAUAUAUGGUUGAUUUGCAGCAAA